AUGGAAUUUCCGGUCCCUAAAAGUGUGGGGGGCCACCAGCGCCGGAACGUGCCCGCCCCCCCUUCCUCCGAGCCCCCUCUCUCACGCUUCGCCUUCACCUGCAGAAAGGCCAAGGUGGAGCUGACGGUGGGAGGGAAGGUGCCUGACCUCGGACUUGCUGGCGUGGAGCCUGAAGUACUGCGGGACGUGCGGACGGCCUGCCAGCUGCGCUUCCACUUCCUGAAGUCGCUCUUCGAGCACAGCACGUCUGGGGCCCUCCCCAGCGGGACAAGCGAGGAGCUGCUGGACGCAUCCUACCAGCACUGGCUGAGCACGGUGGAGGACAUCGUGGGUUCCCACCCUCCCAGCCACGUCCUGGCAGCCCUGGAGCACCUGGCCCUGGAGAACACCCUGCAGAUGCAAGAGCUCACCAGCCGCAUUGACAUUCCCCGUGACGUAGAGGCGCUCAAGUUCCGCUACGAGAGCGCCCGUCUGGAAGACCUGGCGGGGCCGCCAGCAGCCCUGCCCUCGGUCCAGGGCCUUAUACAGGAAGGCUGGAGCAGGUGUGAGGAGCUGUGGGUGCAACAGCUCCCCCUACAGGCCCGGGAGCAGCACGGCACGGCCCAGCUGGCCUCCCUCCUGCAGGAGAUGCACCGGCUGCUGGCGGACAGCUCGGAGCGCGCCAUCUUCGCCAGGGCAGUGCUGGAGCUGGAGCUGCGGGCUGUGCGGCUGGCGGGGCUGCGGGAUGGGCUGCACCAGGGCUACCGGGAGCUGGAGCGGGAGGCGAGUGCCCGCCACGCCGAGCUGCAGGCCUUGCAGAGCAAGCGGCAGCGCAUCUUGGACUUCCGCCACCUGGUGCGCGAAAAGCAGCAGCACGUCCGGGCGCUGAUCAAAGGCACCUCCUACAUCAAAUCCCAGCUCCGCAAGGACCAGGCCGAGGUCCAGGCCUUCGUGCAGAGGAAGCUGCUGGGCCUGGAGCAGGACGUGACGCUGGAGUCGCAGCGGCUGCACGGGGGGGUGGAGUGCGAGGUCCGGCAGCUGGGGGCCAUCGCCCUCCCCUGCCUUCUGCGCCGCAGCCUCCUGGGCUCCCACCCCCCAGCUGUUCAGCUGGGCUACAAGAGCCAGGUGCUGGCCAGCCUGCAGCAGCGCCAGGGCUCCCCGGGGACCGACGCACAAGCCCUGGUGCAGGCCCUGCGGGACCACGACCGGGAGCAGGCCGGAGCCCUGGGGCCGCGGAUCCAGCUGGUGACGGAGCAGUGCGGGCAACGCAUCGAGCGCUGGCCCGAGGUGCAGGCCGCCAUCGACGCCUGGUGGGAGCAGCCGGGGCAGUUCGCCCUGCCUGCGGAGCACCGCCUGGGCCUCACCUUGCAGCAGUGGCUGGAGCGCUGGACCCUGGCCCUCAAGACCCUCCAGCAGCAGCAGCAGCACAGCUGGGCCUGA